CACUAGCAUUUUCAUCUCGUUACUCUACACAUUCUUCUUCUCGCCCGGCCUCCCGCUUUCUCCUGAAAAAUUACCCAUUAUAUUCAUUCUUCAAACCUUACCCAAUAAAGAAUUUCAUUUUUUUCCCCUCUUGAGGAAAUAAAGAAUUUGAUUCAAAGUUCAAACAAUACAUACGUAAAUCCCUUUUUCUGGAACCUUUUCUUGUUUUCUGACAUCCCAAAUUUUUGAUUCCCUUUUUGGUUACCCAUCUUCCGGCGUUCCGUUUAUUUGUUCUUUUUUUUUUUUUUUUUUUUUUUUUGGUUUCCUGAGGUAUACUAGUCCCUCCACUUUCCUGUCCUCCUUCAUUCUCAUUCACAUUCACAUUCAGUUGAACAGCAUUCAUAUGUGUUAUGUAAUUUUUCUUCACUCCAGCAAAUGAAAAUAUGUCAGCUUCCUCUCCUUUUGCCAGCCCUGUUUCUUGGUUUUUUCCGAAAUAAGUAAGCAUAUGCUACUAGUAUAUGUCAGUUGCUACUAUCGAAAAUUUCUUUCUUUUUCCAUGUCAAAUAUGUGAGACUCCACUUUUGGUUGUUGAUCAGAGCCCAUUUCUGCUGGCUGUACCUCUCUAUCUCACGUAUGCUACUACAUAAUACUACAUAAGAAGAAGAAGGAAAAAAAAACAGUUCUGAUCUUUUGAUAUUGUAAGAAUUUGCUCAACGGCGAAUACAAUUAGAAUUGGUCGGUUGAGUUAGUAUUGGUUGAACUCAGCUACAAGGAUUGGCGGCAUUGAGAAUUUCGAUUCUCGUCGGCAAGUAUGAAGCUCUUGGUGCGCGUAAUCGAAGCCAGGGAUAUACCACCAAUGGACCCAAAUGGGUUCAGUGAUCCGUACGUGAAAUUGCAGUUGGGAAAGCAGAGGUUCAAGACCAAGGUGGUUAAGAAGUGUUUAAAUCCAUCCUGGUGUGAGGAAUUUGCUUUCCGGGUCGAUGACUUGAAGGAAGAACUUCUCAUAUCUGUGUUGGACGAAGAUAAGUACUUCAACGAUGACUUUGUUGGGCAGAUCAAAGUCCCUAUUUCUCGAGUUUUCGAUGCUCCAGACAAUUCCCUUGGCACCGCUUGGUACACCUUGCAGCCCAAGAACAAGAAAGCCAAGAACAAGGACUGCGGUGAAAUUCUUUUGACAAUAUGUUUAUCGCAAAGCAAUUCGUUUGUGGAUUUGCAAUCUGGUGGUGAUAAUGGCCCAUUGUCAAGGAAGUACGCUGACAUGACAAUGGGUUCUCCCUCAAGGCCUGCUAAUGGUCCCCCGAGAUCACCUUCGCCAGUGAGAUUAGAAGAAGCUGCCCCUGCCCCUUCUAAGGAAGAAAGGUCACAUGCCCAAACUUUUGCUGGUCGAAUUGCUCAAAUGUUUAACAAAAAUGGGGAUACAGCAUCUGCCGCCACCAAUAAAGUUCCUGACGUCUUGGAGCCAUUUGAAAGUGCAAAUUCGGCGGAUGAUGAAGACAAGUCUGAUGACCAGCCCUCCUCAAGCAGCUUUGAAGAACUUAUGAGAAGCUUGGAGGUGAAAGAGCAAGGGGGCGACAUUCCAAGCAACCUACCUGGGGGAGUAGUUCUAGACCAAAUGUAUGCAAUUGCACCUCAUGAGCUGAACUCUUUACUCUUUUCACAAGAUUCAAACUUUUUCAAAUCUGCGACGGAUAUGCAGGGAUCCACAGAGUUGCAGGUAGGGCCUUGGAAGUUUGAAAAUGGUGGUGAAAACCUUACAAGGACGGUUUCCUAUAUUAAAGCUGCAACUAAGUUAAUUAAGGCUUUGAGAGCCACUGAAGAUCAAACUUAUCUGAAAGCUGAUGGCAAUACUUUUGCAGUUUUCUCGAGUGUGAGCACUCCAGAUGCUCCAUAUGGUAGUUGUUUUAGGGCAGAAGUGCUUUAUUGCAUCACUUCAGGGCCUGAGCUCCCAUCAGGGGAACAAUCUUCUCGGUUAGUUGUGUCAUGGCGAAUGAAUUUCUUGCAGAGCACUAUGAUGAAAGGUAUGAUUGAAAGUGGGGCAAGACAAGGUAUAAAAGAUAGCUUUGUGGUAUAUGGGAAUUUGUUAUCUCAAACUGUGAAGCCGGUUGAUAUGAAAGACGUCAGUACUGAGAAGGAACAGGUUUUGGCAUCUCUAAAGGUGGAGCAACAGUCAGAUUGGAAACUGGCAGUCGAGUAUUUUGCCAAUUUCACAGUAAUAUCUACUAUUUUUGUAGGGUUAUAUGUCUUUGUGCACAUUUCUCUGGCCAUGCCAGGAACAAUUCAGGGGCUUGAGUUUGUUGGAUUAGACUUACCAGAUUCUAUUGGUGAAUUGGUUGUCUGUGGAAUAUUAGUUCUUCAAGGAAAACGGGUGCUGGAAUUAAUGUCGCGCUUCAUGCAGGCCAGGGUGCGAAAAGGCAGUGAUCAUGGAAUUAAAGCACAAGGAGAUGGUUGGUUAUUAACUGUUGCCUUGAUUGAGGGAAACAAUUUAGCAGCUGUUGAUUCAAGUGGUUAUUCAGAUCCAUAUGUGGUCUUUACAUGCAAUGGGAAAACGAGAACGAGCUCAAUCAAAUUCCAGAAGUCUGAUCCUCUGUGGAAUGAAAUAUUUGAAUUUGAUGCCAUGGAUGAACCUCCAUCAGUGCUGGAAGUGGAAAUUUUUGAUUUUGAUGGACCUUUUGAUGAAGCAACCUCUCUUGGGCACGCAGAAAUCAAUUUUCUGAAAUCUAAUAUAUCAGAUUUGUCUGACGUUUGGGUUCCUCUCCAAGGGAAGUUGGCUCAGGCAUGCCAGUCUAAGUUGCAUUUAAGAAUUUUCUUGAACAAUACAAGAGGUACCAAUGUUGUCAAAGAUUAUUUAUCUAAGAUGGAAAAGGAAGUGGGAAAGAAGAUAAGAUUGCGGUCACCUCAAACAAAUUCAGCAUUCCAAAAGCUUUUUGGCCUCCCACCGGAAGAAUUCCUCAUCAAUGACUUCACUUGUCAUUUGAAACGCAAGAUGCCCCUCCAGGGCCGUCUAUUUUUGUCUGCUAGAAUAAUUGGGUUCCAUGCAGACCUAUUUGGACACAAGACAAAGUUUUUCUUCCUUUGGGAAGACAUAGAGGACAUUCAAGUUGUUGCUCCUACUUUGUCUUCAAUGGGUAGUCCUAUUGUUAUCAUGACGCUGAAGCCAGGCAGAGGCUUUGAUGCAAGGCAUGGUGCAAAGACACAAGAUGAGGCGGGGAGACUGAAGUUUCAUUUUCACUCAUUCGUGUCAUUCAAUAUUGCAAACAGGACAAUCAUGGCUCUGUGGAAGGCGAGAGCCCUGAGCCCUGAGCAGAAGGUCCAAAUUGUUGAAGAAGAAUCUGAGACUAAAAAUCUCCAAGUGUCUCAAGAAACAGAUGAAGAUUCUGAAUCCAAAAGCCUCCAUGCUGAAGAGAGUGGGUCAUUCUUGGGUGUUGAGGAUGUCAGCAUGUCUCUGCUUUAUUCUUCUGUUCUUUCUAUUCCUAUGAGUUUCUUCAUGGAGCUAUUUGGUGGUAAUGAUCUUGAUCGUAAAGUCAUGGAAAGGGUUGGUUGUCUUAAUUAUUCUUACAGCCCUUGGGAGUCUGAAAAGCCUGAUGUCUACCAAAGACAACUUUACUACAAGUUUGAUAAACGCAUUUCUCGUUAUAGAGGAGAAGUGACAAGCACUCAGCAGAAAUCUCGUCUUUCGGAAAGAAAUGGUUGGGUCAUAGAAGAGGUUAUGACCCUCCAUGGAGUUCCACUUGGUGACUAUUUCAACCUUCACAUGAGAUACCAGGUUGAGGAUGCACCAUCAAGAUCCAUGGGAUGCAGUGUCCAAGUUUAUUUUGGAUUAGCAUGGUUGAAGUAUACAAGACAUCAGAAAAGGAUCACCAAGAACAUUCUUGUGAAUCUGCAGGAGCGGCUACUGGUGAUGUUCAGCGUACUUGAAAAGGAAUUUGUUACAGGGAGAUAGAUGGAUGUUUGUAUGAAACCUGUCGGCAACAAUUUUGUGUUAUUUCCAGGGGGAGUAAAUAUUUCUGAAGGCCUUCCCUUCCACUGAGUUCUCUCAGCGCAGUAUGCUUAAACUUGCUGCUAAUCGUAUCAGACCCGAGCUAAGUUGAUAUCUCGGGUGGUCAUCGUGGAGAUGUUUGCUCCCGGAGAGCCCUUGCUUCAUGGGCAGGGUAUAGCUAUAGGAGAGCAUACUCAAAAGGAGGACUUGCGGUUGGUAUUUAGUUUCUGGGUGAAAAUAUUUUUAGUGUGAAAUAGACUCAACUCUCAAGAGAGGACUGACUCAAGGAAUGGCCCUGGGGGCUGGAACCCAGGUAUUAGUUGGUUCUGGACAUGGUGGAAAUUUUUUAGUUCAAGCAGAUCCUCGACCUUUAUUAUUAUUAUUUGUUUAAAUAUGAGUUGGGAGAUCUGAUUUACAACAAGCAGUUACCACUGAGUAUGAAUUGUAACAUAAUGCAAGUGUGAUUGUAUCAAAAUAUCCAUUCUUUGGUUUAGUCAGAGUGUGACACCUCUGAUCAGUGUCUGAUUUUUCAUUGUAGAUGUGGACCAUUUAAGGUACGAAUGUUCAUUUCAUUUUGUUAAUGACA